AUGGAGAGUCAGGCGGAGCUUCAACCAUGGGCGGUGGCGUUGGUGGUGGCGGCGGCGGCGGCAGUACAAUUGGCGGUGGCAGCGUGCUGGGCGGACACGGUACUCUGAUGAGCACAGCGGGUAUGAGCAAUAGUACGGUUGGCGGCGGUGUUGGUGUUGGGGCUCCUCCUGGCAGUAUGUUGCACGGUGGCGGUGGCGGUGGCAUCGGCGUCGGAACGCCUGGUAAUAUGAGUAUGCCUGGCGUUUAUGGCAAUGGCAAUGGCGGCGGUGGUGUUGGCGGUCCAAUGGGACCAGGUGGAGGCAAUGGCGGUGGUGGGAAUGGCCCAAGUACGGCACCCGGUUCGGUGAUCGAUUCACGCGCGGUGUCCGUGGUCGUUACGUUGCCCGGUGGGCCGGGCGCGCAACACCCCGGGCAGGCGCUGAGCGACUACGGUCCUAUAUAGUUAAUGGUACGACCAGAUACAGCGCACUGGGUGUCCACGAGCAGUUUCUCGCAGCUGUAAAUGAGCGCAACUGUGUAAAGAUUGUAGCAUAACGGUAGAGCGGUAGACAUAGAGCGUGAAAGAAUAAAGUUAAGGGUGAAAAGAGCAUUUAUAAUGGGUGAGCAUGAGAAGAUUAGUAUACGACAAACGCGCUUUUGUAUGUGCAGCAGGUGUUGCGCUCAUUUACAGUGUUAAAUUUUUUGAGCUUUAAAGCUAUUGAAAAGUUUGAGCAUGCAGUGAAAAGUUGUAACAAACAAGUCGCCAUAUUACUUUCUUCAAUUUUAUAGUUGUAAAAAAUAUAUUUAAAAAAUAAAACGAAUGAUUAUAGCAAUAAAAAGAGUUUGUAUUAAAGUAAUAAACUUCAUACUUAUAAGCAAGCUAAACUUCAUAAUUCUAGUCCAUUUUCAAUGAAAGCAAAAAAGUUAAAACAAAAAAAAAACACUUUAAUACAAAAAAAAAAUUUAUUUAGCAGACAACAACAAAGCACAAUUUCUAUAAAAUAUCACUAAACGAAUUCAAAAAGAAAUAGUCAAUAGCUUAUAAACAGAGACAUAACCUUGCUACACCUUUUUCUAUCAAUAAAUAUUGUGAAAAUAUGUAAAGCAAAAUAAUGCUAUAAUAGUGAAUAGUGUGUUAAAAAUAGGAAAAAAGAGAUACGAAAAGCACAUCAAAUGCGCGCGCCAGAGAUUUUUCUAU